UUCACACCAGCCCUUGAAGAGCGAAGAUAAAUCCAGCAAAAUGCAAGCACCAGAGAUUUGGCACUCCCAGAGCGCAGCCCGCUUGUGUGAGGGGGAAAGGCUGUUGUGUCUUUGGGUUCUGGAGCACAGAUGGAAGGAUUUCAGGUGUAAUCCCUUGUCCUUAAGUGACUGGUUCCCUUCAUGGCCCCGUGCCAGGCAGUGUGAGCACAGAAUCCUCUUAUCCCCUAGCUCUGCUGGCCCUGUGACCUCACCUGGACACGGCAGGGGCUAUAAUUAGGUGUGGGGCUCUCAUUUGCCCCUGCAGUUUCCUUGGGCCCUCGUCAGGGAAGGAAGCAGCAGCCCUGUAAGUGAGACCCUUGGCAGGGGACAGCCCUUGGCAGCUCCUGCUCCGUGCCAGAGCGCUGGUCUGGCUGUCAGCAUCCGCUGGAAAACACUGCAGGACUUGACCCUCGGAGAGGGAGAGUGGCACCUUGGGUCAGCUGGACCUGCUGAGCAGAACCCUCAGCUUGUUUCCUCAGAUUGAAGUUGGAGCUGCUUGAAGAGCUUCACACCUACUGCAGCUGGCUGGAGGAGAGUCUGUAUGAGGGAAGAGCUGCAUCCUCUGGAGCAGCUGCUCUGGAUUUCUAUGAACUCAAGGCUCCUGGAUUUUGUGUGUCUGGGGAGGAAAAGACAGGCCGACAGCAAACUGGGCUAACCUCGUGUUUCUAAAUCACACACAGAGUCCUGCUCAGCACAACAGCCCAGGGAGGCAUGGAAUAAAACCUCUCCCUGUGUCCCCUGGCAAGUGGAUGGGUUUUGAAUGAGAGCUCCUGUCUGAUGGUCAGGACAGUUGGAUGAAUUUGGCAUGCACAGGUUCAUCCUUAGGCUUCUGAUGUUCACAUUUCGCACUGGGCUGGAGCCCUUUGUGGCCCAGAACUGCUAAAUAGGAGCUUUACCUGAGCUCUUUUUAUGGCUCCUGGGCCAUUAGGAAUACAGAGGUCUUGAAUGAUCCCGAGCAUGAAGAAGCACAGAACACAAAAGCUGGAUAGUUAAUGGGAAAAUGGAGCUAAUUCCCCCUCAGACUGCAAUUUUGAGCAGUGCAGUGGAGAAGUGGGACUUUGUAAGCUGAAGUUAAGAGCCUUCCCUUCAGUCCUUGGUUCCCUGUGCAAGCUACAGGAGGGAGCAAUCUGGGGACAGCAGAAUGCUUCCGAUCUUGUCUGCAGGCUCUGCACACAGCAAAAUACUCCGUGGGUUAUGGGGGAUAAACUGGGAAGUGCAGAAGCCCCAACUUGCUAGGAAGAAAUGCCCUUCUCCAUCCCCGAAUUGUGCCCAGGUGUGAGCAGUGCUUGGCAGCCCCAGAGUUAUUGUGCAUAGGCUCUGGCACGUGGUGUUGCAGGCUGUCCCUGGGAAAGGUCAGCUCGUGGCAGGACAGAAAGGAAGGAAUGCUGUGCAGUAACAGUUAGUUGUGGUGGUGUUUCAGACUGACAGGGAUGCCAAAGGAAAAAUAUGAUCCUCCAGAUCCUCGCAGAAUUUACACCAUCAUGUCGGCGGAAGAGGUGGCCAACGGGAAGAAGUCGCACUGGGCUGAACUAGAGAUCUCGGGGAGAGUGCGGAGCUUAAGCACGUCGCUGUGGUCGCUGACACACCUGACUGCUCUGCACCUCAAUGACAACAACCUUACUCGCAUUCCACCUGAUAUUGCCAAGCUUCACAAUCUGGUUUACCUGGAUCUGUCAUCCAACAAACUCAGAAGUUUACCAGCAGAACUAGGAAACAUGGUGUCUCUCAGGGAAUUGCUUUUAAAUAACAAUCCUUUAUCCCAAGAUAUUCUCAGCCUCUACCAGGAUCCGGACGGAACCCGAAAGCUACUGAACUACAUGCUUGACAAUCUAGCAGUUCAUCCAGAGCAGCUGCCUCCAAGGCCAUGGAUUACUUUAAAAGAACGAGACCAAAUUCUGCCCUCAGCUUCAUUUACAGUCAUGUGUUACAAUGUGUUGUGUGAUAAAUACGCCACCCGGCAGCUCUAUGGCUACUGCCCGUCCUGGGCACUCAACUGGGAGUACAGGAAAAAGGGAAUCAUGGAAGAAAUCGUCAACUGUGAUGCAGACAUCAUCAGUCUUCAGGAAGUGGAAACGGAGCAAUACUUCACCCUUUUCCUGCCAGCCCUGAAAGAACGGGGAUACGACGGAUUCUUUUCUCCAAAGUCACGUGCCAAAAUCAUGUCAGAGCAGGAGAAAAAGCAUGUGGAUGGCUGCGCCAUAUUCUUCAAAACAGAAAAGUUCACUCUGGUGCAGAAGCACACGGUGGAGUUCAACCAGGUGGCCAUGGCCAACUCGGAGGGCUCGGAAGCCAUGUUGAACAGAGUGAUGACCAAGGACAACAUCGGGGUCGCCGUGGUCUUGGAGGUGCACAAGGAAUUAUUUGGAGCAGGUAUGAAAUCGCUUCACGUGGACAAGCAGCUGCUCAUCGUGGCCAAUGCCCACAUGCACUGGGACCCCGAAUACUCAGAUGUGAAACUCAUCCAGACCAUGAUGUUCGUCUCAGAGCUGAAAAACAUCCUGGAGAAAGCCUCGAGCAGGCCCAGUAGCCCGACAGCAGAUCCCAACUCUAUCCCUCUGGUGCUGUGUGCGGAUCUCAACUCACUGCCUGACUCAGGUGUAGUGGAGUACCUGAGCAAUGGCAUCGUAGCCGACAACCACAAGGACUUCAAGGAGCUGCGCUACAACGAGUGUCUGAUGAACUUCAGCGGCAACGGCAAGAACGGAGCCUCGGAGGGCCGGAUCACGCACGGCUUCCAGCUCAAGAGCGCCUACGAGAACAACCUGAUGCCUUACACCAAUUACACUUUUGACUUCAAAGGUGUGAUUGACUACAUUUUCUACUCCAACACUCACAUGAACGUGCUGGGAGUGCUGGGCCCUUUGGACCCUCAGUGGCUGGUGGACAACAACAUCACGGGGUGCCCGCACCCGCACAUCCCCUCGGACCACUUCUCGCUGCUGACGCAGCUGGAGCUGCAGCCGCCGCUGCCGCCGCUGGUGAACGGCGUGCACCUGCCCUCCCGCAGGUAGUGCAGCCCCUGCCUGCCCCACGGACCUGUACACUUGUAAAUCCCUCUAGAUAGGAGUGAAGUAUGGCCAACCUUCAGCUGCUUCUUCGAGCUCCUUUCCUUAUGUGUUUGAGAAGAGAUUUUGCACAUUUUGGUGCAUAUCGGUAUCAUUUGGCACUAGGGCUGGAACCAAAGUAUUAUUCCCCUUUCCAGGUUUUUAAUUUAAUUUUUGUUUGUGUUUUGGGGUUUUUUUUAUUUUACUUUAAACUGGCUUUUUCUUUUCAGUAGGAAGCUGCACUUCUAAACGGACAAAAGAGAUUUAAAAAACUUGCAUUUGACAUAUUUCAAGGUAAUGCUUUUUUCCAGAACGUGGCAAAGUGAGCCAACCUUUUAGGAGAAAGAAACACAAAACUAGAGGUGCUUGUUUUGUAGGAAGAACGUUAGAAAUACUGUUUGUUUGAAUCCAAAAUGGAGACUCAACUCUGCAUCCAACAUAAAUUUUGCACAUUAGCAAAGCACUUAAAACCCGACUAGAAACGAUUGGCAGCAUGGCCCUGCCCCUCAUCAUCUCAGCACUAUCAGAAAACCAAAGAUAGCCAAGGAUCUGUGAUCAAAUUCGAGCUCUAAAUCCUCCUGGUUCUAAUUUGUUUGGGAGCUGUUGUCAGUCAGGGCUGAAGUAAAAAGCUGCUGGUUCCUUCCCAAAUGUUAAUGCUCUUUGGAUGUGUUGGAAAUCCUUGUUUUCUUUCCUUUUAAUGCUCUGGGUGGCCAGUUCAAAACCUUGUGCCUCAAGAGGCAUUAAACAUGAUGCAAUUUUCUGGGGAAAAAAAAAAAAAAACAACAAAAAAACCAAGUUGUUUGGCUGCUUAAUGUUUAAAAAAAAAGGCACAGUGAUAGGAAAAGGUCGUGUCUGUGUUUUUAAGUUUUUCUUUAUUCUGCUUUUUUGCUGCUAUAAGAUUUUCUUGAAUUUCUAUUUGAAACUUUUCAUGCACUUUACUGUUUCUAGUCUCCAAAUGUGAUAUUUUUAAUAAAUGAAAAACAUUUUCCAUGAUGUGAAUGAAAUUUUUAAGCAGAUUGAUAAGCCUAUAUUUAUGUCUCAUUCGUAUACUUCAAAAAAAGUCCAAUUUGAAUUGUGAAAUUAGUUUUAAAUACAAAAGAGCCAUCUUCUGUCUUGCAAAACUGCCAAGUCAGGCUAUUCCUCUUGAAUUAAACAUUUCCUUUGUCAUUUUAUACACAGGAAAUUUUCCACGGGGCGGGAAAAAAAAAAAUCAAUUGGACUUAGAGGAGAGACCAUUCCCUGACUCUGACUAGGGGCCAGGGAGGGGGUGGCGUGGGCCAGAUGGCAAAAAUGGGCUCAGCAAAGUGACAACUCCCUUGGAAAAGUGCCUAAAAAAUGGGGGUGUCACCUAUGGUCUGGGAUCAAUUGGAAGCAAUGGGAGCUGGGAGAAAGUCCUGCACAGCGCUUGCUCUGUGCGAAAACAAAACUAAAUAAAAAAACAAACAAACAAAAAAGGGGGGGAAAAAAAGAAAGCCCUUUCCAGAGAUAGAUUUUCUGGGUGCAGGUAUCUCUGUUGGAAUAUACCUCAGCAUUCCCUACCUGGCCAAUGCACAUGGAUUGGAGAGCACUGGAAAGUAGAAUAGCAUGAAAAACUUAAUUUUGUGGACAUUACCUUUCUGUAUUCAGCUGCUGUAUGUUUUUUGGGGAGGGGGAAUGCCCUGCUCCCCCUGUUCCUCCAGGCACGGUGGUCCCAGCGUGAGCAGUGUUUCCUAACCAUACUUCACUCCCAGUAUUUUUGGAGCUGUUUGUAUAAAAUGGAAUUUCCGAUUCGCCCGUGAUUGUCUAUGAACUGCAGAGGAGCCCAUUUAGUAAUAAAAAUCCAAACCCAGCA